AUGGAGGGAAGUGCGAGCACAGGACACGGGCUGAAAGCAGCAAAAGAGACCUUGAAUGGCAUUGACAGCUCAAUCCGGCCGGUAUCGACCUCACGGCAAACUGCCAUGAUCUCUCACGGAGGGUUGGUCAAAGACGCAACAGAAGUGUACGGGACAGGCCCAGUUCUGCUUCGAAUAGGAAACGGGGGCGCAGGCGCGACGGGAGUCAUAGGAGCUUUGGCAAAUGACUAUCUCGGCACUCUUUGCGAGAAGCGAUCCAUUUUCUGGGUCUGCAACCAUUCUAGGAACACCCAACUAGCCCUCCUCCAUGGAUAUGUUGAUAUCGCCCUGACGUACGAGCGGGACCAGGAAGACCUCGCUGCAUCUGAAGGCUGGUCAUUGACUAAAGGCUGCGUGUUCCACGAUCACUUUUGCCUCGCAGGACCUCUUAACGACCCGGCUGGUGUUGGAAACGCGACGUCUUUGUCAAAUGGCCUGACAAAGAUCGCGGAAUCUAAAUCGCUUUUCCAUAGUCGAGCUGACACAUCAGCAACGAUGUGGAAAGAGCGAGGUCUCUGGUCGGCCUGCAACUUGAGUCCGUGGGAGGGAUCGGAAAGCAGGAGCUCUGACGACCAAUGGUAUCAGACCAGCCUGCUCUCACCAUCAGAAGCCUUGAUGAAGGCAGAUGCUGCCGGGGCUUACCUCCUCACCGACCGGUCGACCCUCCUGCGCCAAGUAUCGACAGGCACCAUCUCUAACACGACUGUAUUCUUCGAGCCAUCUGCGGAGAGUGACGUAUUAAUGAACAGCUGCUACGCACUGUGCUCGCCGACGCCGUCACAAGACACCCUUGACUUCCUCGGGUACCUGUUCACGGACCGAGCUCAGGACAUCGUCGGAUCGUAUGGAGCUGAUGAAUGCGGACUUCCGUUGUUUGCUGCGGCGGCAGAUGGUUUUGCGAGGACAACACUGAAGGGAGGGAGGCCCGUACGAAGGCGUUGGGCCUCAAAGGGUGUCUGA